UCCACUUCCUGCCGCACCGCUUCCUGCUUCCGGUAUAUGGGAUUCUUCAGAGGAUGAAUUAAGUCUGAGGGGUGGCGGUGGCUGUUUCCUCUUCCGCCAGGCACCGGUAGAGGGGAUUUCUGUUUGUGCACUAUGAAUAGUCACGCGGCCUCCUUAGGUCUUCUGUAACGGCUUCGAAGGUGCUUCCAGAGCAAGUGGCGGGAUUCGCCGACAGGCGGGAGGCUGUGACGUGACGUCACACGACGUGGUCAAGUGCCCCGUUGGGUUGUGGCGGCGCCAGACAAGUGGUUGUAGAAUGUUCCUGGCUCAUUCUUGCUUCCAUGCCAUGGUGCUUGUCCUCAUAACCACUGUGAUGGCAAAGGAAAACAUGUGUGAUCUAGUUGGGGAGGAAGGCAGUGAAUCCUUGAAAGAACAGACACUGCUGAAGAAGUUGGAGCCGCUUUACAACAGAAGAUUCGAAACAGAAAUUGUGAGUGAAGAUGACUAUUACAUCUACCAGUUCAGGGUGUGUCGAGAAGUUUUCAGCAAUAUGUCCAAUUCUGGCCUGGUGCAGAUCGAUAAGAAGAACAAAAAGAUAACAGUUGUGGGGCGAAUCAACGACACCCACCUUGCCAGUGGAAGUAAGUGGAUUAUGCUCAUCUAUAAGGGGGGAGAGGCCUAUGGGACCCACUGUGGGAACGAGGAGAGAAAAGCCAUAGUGAUGAUCAACUGCAACCAGAAGACACUAGGGGAUGGUUUUACCAUGAUAACAGAAGAGCGGGAGAAGUUGAAGGAAUGUUUCUAUGUCUUUGAGUUGGAGAGCAGCUUGGCCUGCCCUCCAGAGGAUUCUCACCUAAGUAUUGGCUCUAUAUUGCUCAUUACGUUUGCGUCAUUGGUUGCUGUGUACAUCAUUGGGGGAUUUCUCUACCAGCGUCUUGUGGUAGGAGCAAAAGGCAUGGAGCAGUUCCCCCAUUUUGUUUUCUGGCAAGAUCUGGGCAACCUAGUGGCAGAUGGCUGUGAUUUUGUGUGCCGGUCUAAACCAAGAAAUGUACCAACUGCAUAUCGUGGUGUUGGUGAUGAUCAACUUGGAGAAGAGUCUGAAGAGCGAGAUGACCAUUUGCUACCCAUGUGAUCUGCCCUUGCUGCUUUCCCUUCCCUGUUGUUCAUAUAAGCAAGUGUCACCUGAUCACUCUUCCCCUCAUUUUUCUCCCUUGUGAUCACCCCUUAAAGCUAAUUGCUUUUACUAAGGUUGCCCCAUUUCUUAUGUGAAUGACUUCUGGGGCACGGGGUGGGGCUUAUAUGAAUAUAAAUCUGUGGUAAUGAACUUGAAAUAAGGGGAGCGAGUGCCAAGAGCUCUGAAUGGCAAGAUACUUCUCUAGAUUUCUCUGCCUGCUGAGGCUUGUUCUCCACAACGUAUGGAGAAAUGCUUGGAGGUUUGGCUGUGGAGUGGAGUAGCAGAGGGCUUCAGUAGAGGAAGUUACUAAAGGGAAGAACCUGCAGGAAAAUAUUGGGGGGGGGGAGAGUAGAGCUGUUGCAACUGAGUGCUUUUACAUAUUUUGUAUUGGAUUCUACAAAACACUGGAUUUCUAUUUUCAAUUAUUUGUACAUUUUUCUUGUAAGGUGAGGAGCUUCCCUUUGCUGUUUCAGAUUCUCCUUUUAAAGUGCAGUAGAUGGUCUGGGGACUCUCCUUCACCAAAGCCUGCAUAUUUGAGCUUUUCCCCCCCGUUACUGGCAAAUAGUGAUGCCAAUAAUAUGUAUCAUUUUGCCAAAUGGCCUGACUUGAAAUGGAGGUGACUUUAGAAAUUAUAAAAAGAGGAAAAGUCUCUUAAAACAGCAGGUGCACCCGAGAGCAGUUUCUGCAUUAUCACUCCAUUCCCUUUAAAUGCUUUAUUGAUAAAAGGAGUCAUUCAGCUUUAAUUGUGGAUGCGAUUGAAAAAUAUAUGGAAGACAGGACCUCUUAAUAGUUUGCCUGUAGGUGACUAAGCAACCCAACAGAACGCAAGUCCUGGCUGGUUAUAUUCAAAGCCUUUUGUUUUUGGACUUGGCUCUAGCAAGGUUUUUGCAACUAUUUUGUCCUUGACUAGCUCAGAUGUUCCUGCUGUCUGCUCAUAGUGGGGAUGUUAAGUCUAAGAUGUCCCUUUAUUUGCUCUCUGGAGGCAUGGUCUGUUGCUUUAAGGGGUUUCUUUUCUUGGCACAUGCUGUGAACUAAUGAGGUGUGGCUCAAAAAUAUUCUUUGCUGUUGAAGAUAAGCCAUUUACAGUUCAAAUAAACUUUAAGGACUCCUUAAUUCACUAGUAACACCAGCUGUUUUGGGGGGGGGAUAAUAUCUACUUCCUAUUUUGUAAGAGGUUCAAACUGGGAAUAAAUUGGUGGGGUACACAGCAAAGCAUAAUUUGUCCUUGCACUUAAAGUGCAGGGAUAGAUUCUCUUGCUGAAAUGAAAUUAGAUACUGAAAUGCAGCUUUAUCACAUUCCCUUCUAAUGGAGGAGACCGGGUCACUGCAAUUAUCACUUUUUCAUGGUGGUGUUAAAAAGACUUUGUACAAAGACACAACUUUAAGAUUAAAAUGGCUUGAAUGCCCUGAA